AUGAGACUCCUUCUAUGGCUCUCCACAGUGGCUGCCCACCACGUCCACCAUAACCACAACCACAACCACGCCAGAGCCAUGCCCACGCUCGCUGGAAACCCCGAACAAUCCGCCCAGAAGUCGAUGACUACGUUCCCGUCCGGUAAAUCCUCCCAAGCGGCCCAAACAGCUGCUCCAGAGUCCUCCUCCACCACCUCCUACUCCUAUAGCAUCGCCAUACCCGCUGCCACGGCGGCCUCCCAUGGCUCGCCCAUAAACCCCAACAUCCAGGUGUCGCAUCUUCCCGAAAACUUGGUGUUCAUUGUGUUUGGAGCCAUAAUUGCCAUGGCUCUCUUGGUAGCAAUCGCCUACCGAGCAGUCACCCACGUCCUCUACAGUCGCCAGGCCAAGUCAGAAAAGGAGGUUUACUACGCAAACUUCUUAACAGGCUCAGGCUCCGACAUGGGCUCCAAUUUCAACAGUUUCUCGUCCAACUCGUCCAUGCUCGAAAAGACCAACCCCUCGUCCAACUCCAGCAUAUAUCUCUUGCAAAGACAGAGCUCAUUGCUCAGGUUGCAGCAGCUCCUGGAGGAGGGCUCGUACUCGGACUCCAGCAACCCAGGACGGGCCUACAGAGACAACUUCAACCACAGUGGCCAUCGAGGCUCGAUGUACUUCAGUCCCGUGAUGGAUAUCAUGAAUACUAAGAGAGCGUCGCAGCUCGAGCUUCCUCUCCACCACAGCUCGACCCUGGUGUUGCUUCCGAUCGACAAGCCAGAAGACAGUCCCCUUCCCAGCGAAUAUUCGUGUGGUGAUGGGUUUAUGUACGAUUCGUCCUUCGACUUGGAUUCGCUCCUGAGAAGCCAGAAGGACAAGGAGGAGAAGCUAAGACGUCCGCCGCUCACCAGGCCGCCAAGUCAGCUUUUGGACGACUUGAUCAACGAAGCAUAG